AUGUUCGCUAAGGUGUUGUUCGCUUGCGCGCUAGUCAGCGUCGCACGCGGCGGGUUGAUCGCGGGCGGUCACGGUGCGCUCUCGACACAGAGCAUCGUACUGGGCGCCCCUGCCCUUGCUCACGGCUACGGAGGUUAUGGAGGCUACGCUGCCGCGGCGCCGGCUAUUGCCGCACCCGCUUUGGGAUACGGAUUAGGUCACGGCGCCGUCGUUGCGCACGCGCCGGUAUACCGUGCACCCCUCGCGCACGCCGCUGCCCCUGUUGAAAUAUAUGCCCACCCCCGCUACCAGUUCAACUACGGUGUCACUGACGGCCACACAGGCGAUCAGAAGAGCCAAUGGGAAGCCCGUGAUGGUGACGUCGUGAAAGGCCAGUACUCCCUCGUCGAACCCGAUGGCACCGUGCGCACUGUCAACUAUUCUGCUGAUGACCAUAAUGGCUUCAACGCGGUAGUUAGCAGGACCGGUCACGCAGCGCACCCCGCUGGGCACGCCGUAGUGGCCGCCCCAGCUCUCGGGCACGGACCCAUCUACCACGGCUAGGCCACCACCCAGCCAUAGGCCUAGACCGACCACGACGACACCUAUUUAUUACUACGUAGCUUAAGCACGGACGGAAUGCGACCACGAAUGAGCAUCAACGAAAGGCUUCCAGAAUAGAAUGCUUACAGCCUAACCGUUUCAUAAUAUGUAUAGGGACAUAGGCCCAAAUUAGCUUAGAACUUUUUACAUUCAUUCAUCUAUUUUACGACCAUUAGAACCUUUUGUAUUAUAUUUUCUUGUAGUGUGUAAGUUUUUCGUGUUUUUUAUUUUAUUUUCGAGCUUCAUACAUUUUGUGAAACGUUAGAUGAUUGCUUGCGGGGUGCUGUGCAGAAACUUAGGUUUUUGUGACUGAUAAUAAAGUAAAUUAAAUAUAAUAUUUUAUCAUAUA